UGGUGAACAGACGUUUAAGAUUGCAGUGCAACUAUGCAGCAGCAGCUCAGUAGAUUCCCUUCAAGCGUUCACUUUGUGUUCUUCGCCAUAAUCAGUUGCCAACUAGCAGCACUCGUCAGUGGCCAUGAAUAUUUGAGAGAUAAACCAUCAUUUCUGCAGCCUUGCCAUCUGCAUGAUGCCGGCAAUGGUAAAUGUCUGGCGAAUGCUUUUGAAAACUUGUUUACCAACUGGCGCAAUGGUGUGCCUGGCCUGAACGGACUCAGUCCCAUCGAUCCAUUUCAUGUGAAGCGCGUGAGGCUCUCACAACAAACGGAAAACUUGGCUGACAUAAAGGCCGAACUGAAAGAUGUGGUGGCGCAUGGCAUGAGUGGCACAAAAGUGCUGAAAACAUCCGUCAAUGCCAAGGACUACACGAUCGAGUUCAAAUUGCGUACGCCAGCUGUGCAUGUCGAAGGCGAUUACAAAGUCAAAGGACGCAUACUGAUAUUGAAUUUGGACAGCGCUGGCAAGAUGUCAUCCACUGUCGAAAACCUCGAAUAUCGCAUUGCCUGCAAGGCGGAUCUCAAGCAAAUCGAUGGAGAAUAUUUCUUUGACAUUACUUCAGCCACGGCGCGUAUUGACAAGGUGGGCAACUUUAAGAUACAUUUUUCGAAUCUCUUCGGCGGCAAUAAAGAGCUGGAGGAGAGUGCACAUGAUCUUUUCAAUAAUAACUGGCGUGAAAUUUUCGAAAUUAUGCGGCCGGCCUUCGGGCAAACAAUCAAUACCAUUGUACUCGACCGGUAUAAAAAGAUUUUGAAAUAUGUACCGGCUAGCUACUUUUUGGAUGAUUUGCCAUAGGCUGAGUGUUUGCGUAAAUGUAUGCAAAGUUUUAUGUCGAUUAUAAGGUUAACAUUAAACAUUAAAUUAUGUUUAUAAAUUACUAUAAUUUUUUGGAAGUUAUGACAGCUAGAAUAUGUU